UAACAACUUUUUACUAAAAUCGAGUGAACAAAUUCAGGAGACGCUACUGCUCCAAAGAUUUUUUCAAUUGUACUUAUGUACCGUAACAGUAAUACAGGUGCUCACAGUGAAGGAAACUAUAUGUGGCCUCGGUUGAAGGUUGUUAUCAUCUCGGUGUGCGGGAAAUUCCGAGAGUGCAUCGAGCUCAAAAAAAUAUGCAAAAGGUGUCAGUAUUAAUGAUGAGAAGAAGCAAGACAUUCCAUGUUGUUGAAAAGAACACGUAGCCGGAGGGUCGUUGAUGGGCCUUUUCGAACAUGAUUUUCGUCCAGUGCUGUACUGUGGGUGUUCGAAAUUAAGCCCAUAACCGCAGUAUCCACGGUUUCCCCGUUGUGGGAGCCGUGGCUACUCGUGCCCAGUUUCUAGUCAGAGUUCGAGAACCGAAGGUGCUGCCGCAGUGCUGAGGUGGCGAGUUGCGGUCGUCUGCACACGACGGCAUGCCGUCGUCCACGUGGUGGCCACGUGCCAACAAAGUGCACUCUCUGUCCAGUUGGUACAUAUUCCGAAGACACUCUCGAAGAACUCCGAGAAAGCAUCGGAAAUCGCUUCAGGGGCACUCUCAAAGCGUUCGGGGACGGCUCGGGCAAAUCACCGCUGCUGCAUCGUCCUCUGCGAAGGCCUUCAGUUCUUGCAGACCUUGCGAUGGCUAGAAUUGUGCCUCGACGACUUGCACAUCCUUCCAUAUGUAGAUUUGCCUCUUCUGCAUAUUGCAGCUCCGUGACACGAGGCCAGAGGGAGAUUUUCCCGAGAGGUGAAGUGGUUGGGAGCAGGAACGCUCACUCGGAAUCCGUGGAGAGCACCUACGGACGCCACCUUCCGAAGGUUUCCGACCGAAUUAUCAACGUGACCCUCGUCAGCCCGGUUGACGGGAACAGACAUAACUUGAAAGCUAUGUGGGGAGAGGGACUCACGCUCCUGGACGCGUUGAAGCGAGGAGGAGUUGAUACAGGUUGCCCGUGUCCGGUUCACGAACGAGGGGUCGAAGUUUGCAUGGGAAAUUGCGCUGUCCUCGUGGCAACUGAGUAUCUUGAACAAUGCCCUCCUCGAACCGAGGAAGAAACUGAGGUUAUCAGGCUUCGUCUUCAAACAGGAGUCAUCUCUCCCCCUGCAGUGGACAAACAUAUUCGGCUGAGCUGUGUGCUCCCUUUGGGUCCUCAACACGAAGGCAUGAGUGUUGGACUUACAGAACCCGUUGCUGGAGAGACACCCUGAAUCCGCUAACGGGCAGAUCUGUACUUAUUUAUGAGUCACAACGUUGAAAUGGAGCAGAAGAUUCGGGUACUUAAGAUGAACUUGAAAAGAGGGUCACAGCGACAAACCUCAGCGGGCACAUUGGAAAUUGUUUCGGCUUACCUGUCGUGUUCUUCAAUUUUGCUUAUCCUUGUGUCUAGAUAGUUGUAAUGUACCGCAGUGGACUGUAAAUUGUCUUCCGUCCUCGCUCUCAGAGCAUGUGGCAUACAGUAAUUCACAUGUCCUCCACGAGCAUCGGCAUAAAGCUUGAGCAUUUUAAGGAUAAAGGUUACAAUGUAAGAAAUUAGUCAACUUUGUAAAGUUUGGAUUCAGCAAUCUGUCUGCCCAUAUGGCAGCCGGCUUGGAAGUGUCUGAAGUAAAUAUCACCCAGUCCUUCGAGCAUGAUGUGACGCU